AUGGCGCGGAGUGCAGUGGUCCAAUGCCAAUUGACGGACUUGUUUACAUCCGUGAAGGGAAUGACCUGGAGCCCCUCCGUGUCCGCCAUAUAUAUUCCUAAGGGAGGAGUGCGUGUGGGGAUCAACGUGGGAAACUGCGCACGUCACGAUAAUGCAGACGCGCAUUCUGGCUGGAAUUCAGUGUCCCGGAUUGUGGUGGAAGAAGUACCCGCUCCUCAGCCGAUCGAUCUGUGGACAAUGAAGACUCUUCUAUUGACUGUUUUCGCGUUAUUCACGUUAUUCGCCAAUAGCAGUUUAUUUGUUACGGCUAACUCAACUCAGAAGUCCUGCACAGUUGUUCAGGGCCCUUCUCCCGGCAUACCAGGCCCUUACGGUCGUGACGGCGCAAAGGGAGAACGAGGGGAGACUGGUCCCAAGGGAGAGCCGGGCUCCAAGGGAGAAGCUGGUGCCCAGGCCUUUUCAAAUUGGAAGCAAUGUGUUUGGAAACAUAGUGAUGACCGGGAUUUUGGAUUAAUUAAGGACUGCAAUUUUCAAAAGAAACACAAAGAUACUUCCCUACGCGUCUUCUACUCAAGCCCUCUUCGCAUCUACAACUGCAACAACUGUUGCAAGCGUUGGUUCUUUACCUUCAAUGGCGCUGAGUGCAGUGGACCAAUGCCAAUUGAUGGAAUUAUUUACAUAAAUAGAGCAAGUGGCGCAGAGCCACUACGAGUCCGCCAUAUUGAAGGGUACUGUCAGAACAUUCCUAAGGGAGGAGUGCGUGUGGGGAUCAACGUGGGAAACUGCGCAAGGCACGGUAAUGCAGACGCGUAUUCUGGCUGGAACUCAGUGUCUCGGAUUGUAGUAGAAGAAGUACCCGCUCCUCAGCAGUGAAAGCUAGAUUGAAAAGAAAUCAUUCAGAAGAACCAACAAGGAUUAAAAACUUUACCCAGUGAUAAUCCUCUACCUUGAGCCCCUGUAAUUGGUGAAUGAAAGGUCACAUUAAAACUUGAAAAAG